AUGCAAUGGUUGUUGACGGCUUUUGAAGAUCUGUACAGAUCCAUUGAGAGCGGAUCAUUUGAUGCCUCGCUUUUCCAGGAAAUUUUACCGGAUUUGAAGAGCCUAAACCUGGACAAUACCAACGGCAAAAGCAGUAACAGCCGGAUCCAACUUCAGAAGGGUGAAAUCAGUCUUUCAAACGGAGAGAAAUACAAGAUUAAUGAAGAGUUCAGCAUUGCAGUGGUGACAGUGGCAGAUGAGCUUAAAUUAGACGAAUUGGUCGUGGCGGAGAUUAUGCUGUUGAACGAGAAUGCGGAAGAGGCAUCGGGAUUAGAAUCGGGCAUUUCGUUGGUAAAUUCUGCCAAAGUAUGGUACUAUUUGAGGCGGCAAUAUAUUUUGCAGAUUUGCUCUUAUAUUUUGAACUGCCGGCCCGAAGGCGAUGAGCUUGUGUCAGAUUUAGUGAAAGAUGGCGCCUUGGUUGCCAACGUGAUAGAGGGCUUCAAAGCGAUUGAGAAGCAGCUUCGUGAAAUCAAAGAGUUCAUAAACAAGGGUCAAAUUCUGGACAAUUACGAUGCUUACGCUAAGCAGAAUGUAACGUUUCGCAGAAAUUUCCUUCUUAAGGAAUACGAUACAUUGAGUCAGGUCCUAUAUGGCCUUGUGGUACAUGGCGAAUACAUGAAGAAGGAUUUAAUAUAUGGAAUCAUAGAACGAGCCUGCGAACUUGAUUCUGAUGAUUUUUUCAUCGUAUUCUAUAUACCGGCCAUUUUCUACGCCUUCAGCACGUUAGAAAAGUUCCCGGAUGCAAAUGUCAAAGAAAUGCAUAAAAGGUUUCUCGGAGAUCUCAGAAACGAAGCUACCUACCAAAAACCCAUAAAGGCUACCUUCAUUUUUGCUUUUUUGACUCAUUUCAUAGGUUGGUGCAAACUUGCUCCUGCGUCAAGAGCUAAGACGUUCGACUUUGCCACAGAUGUCGAUGAACCGAUGGCUUUGGCAGUAGAGAUGGGUGCAAUCGAAGAGCUCAUGAUUAUUGCAGCCGAAACCUCAGAAUUGGACAAAGAUCCCAGUAUUGAACUGUUUUAUGAUAUCAGAACUUUACUCGAGAGACACCUCCCCAGAUUAAUUCCCAAACAAAUGCAAGACAUGGAUUUUCGUAAGACUGGUGUUGAAAAUGAUGCGGGAAUAAAUGGCUGUUAUAUUCUUUCGCAAGAAUUUCUAAUUCUUUUCGAACCGGCCUUCCAUCGUUUCUUACAAACUUUCAUAGCAGAAUGUGCCUUUUUGCUAACGAAAAUGAAAGAUGCAGAGGAAGACUCUCUCCUCUCUGGUGAAGAUCUUUUUCUAGAUGACAUUUCUGCAAAGGCAGAUUUGGAGCGUGUCUUCAUCACAGUUCACUAUUUUUACGCUUUUAGACCCACAUUUACAAGCUGCUUUUGGUCUGACAAGGAAUCAAAUGCAUACGGGUUUAUCGAAUGGGCCAUGAAAUGCACAGAUACUCUCAUGCGCUCCUGUGUUUUUUUGAUGAUAUCAAGUCUAGCUUUCGAACAUCAAAACUCAAUCAACGUCUACCACUACAUCAGUAGUAGCCCAUACUUGUCAUGGAUUAACAUUGCAAAUAUUGUCAGUGACUACACUGUCCAAAUUUCAGAAAUUGAUAAGAGAAUCACAGAAACUUCUUCACAAUCUCCUGGCGAGAUAGAAGGGAAUACAUUAGUUACUAAUGCUGGUUUGAACGAGGAGAUUAUUAUUCUACUUUCCUCCUUGUUUACGCUAGUGGGAUCGGUGUCGCACGAUUUACAAGAAGAGCCGAAAAACACGCUUGCCAAAACGUUUAUGGACAUUUUUUUCGAAUUUCUCAAGGUAAAAACUCCACUCAUCGGCGCUGCUUUGAAGGUUUUGGGUAACCUCGUUCCCGCUGAUCUUCGUCAGCGGGAUAUUUUCUGGUGUUCUUUGGACGAGUGGAUUUUCAGGAGCCAGUCUUUAAUAGACACUGAUGAUUCCUACAGGUCUGCCUUUCAAAAUGUUCUGACCGAUUUCUCAGACGUCAGCGGCUUUUUGCACCUCGUCUACAGGCUUUUGUCUCAUAACGACUCUGAUGAGGAUGCCAAAAUGCCUUUUGGGCAAUUGCCAUUUUGCUCACUCUUAGGUGCUAGCUACAGGAAGGCUGGGCUAUUUCCUUAUUAUGAUUUCAUCUUCAAAAACAUUUUCAUAAACGCACAAAGGAUUCCUAGCGCCAAGGACAGAGUUGCAGUUGAACUAACAGUUUUGCGGAUACUAGAUAAUUCGCUCCGUUCUUUUGACUCCACUGUUAUUCUGAACUCCAUUCCUGCCGGAGCAAGCCUUGACAGUCUAGUCAUAACUGAAGACUUUUUCACUUACGUGGUUGAGAAUCCAGCCACCGCAGUUUUCAAUUAUGUUUUCGAGGAGAAAGUGUUUCAAGCGUUGUUCGGGAUUGCAUCAGUGGGCGUGGAUGUUCUACAGGAAUGCAAAGAAAGCAAUCCUCCGCUUUUGAACUCUGUUGAACUGGCUCUCAAGAUAAUAGACGAAAUUCUAACGGAUCAAGAAACGCAUCUGGAGGAGCUCUGCCCCAUUGUCAAAAAGCACUGUUCUGGAAAAAUGUUUUUACCAAAAUCUUAUGGGUUACACGGUUUGCGUUCAUUCUUUGAUGCCAUCAUGUUUGACAUGCCUCUUAUUGCUCAUCUAGGCCUGUACAUUGGGGUUGAUAGUAACAAAUUAGCAUUGCGUGCGCUAAAUGUCCUACAGAAGCUUUCUGAGCAUCUUUGUAACAGAAAUGGAAAGCAUGUUGUUCGAGACAGACUUCUCGCAAUUUUUGACUCAGUUGAUGAGUCCGCGAGAAUUAAGCAAGCGUUCAUCAACCAGCUUGAAAAGCCUGUUGCUUCGGAAGAAGAUGCUCUUUUGAAGAUAGGAGUUCUCGACUUUUUAUCUUCCAACCUGCCUGCAAGGGUGGGCUCUCCUACCGUGUCUCAUUUUUUGCUUGGAUUUCUGGUCUCGAAUGUUAUAUCUUUGGGGCCGAAGUUGAGUACUUUCAUCAGUUCUGGAACUUGCGUCCUCCAAUCUUUAAUUCAUUUGUUGAAAUCAUCUCUUGAGGCUUUAGAUCCCAACAAUAUCACCUACUUGCCCAUGCGUUUAAGUGCGUCCAUUAUGGAAAUUAUACUGAAAUUGUGCCGCAAUCCGCUGACUUCAACCAUUGCAUUGCAAUUUUUGGGCGAAAGUAGACUUUUUGAGAUGAUAAUUUCGCUAGACCCUAUGAUCGAUUUGAGUAGUCAAUGGUGUGGAAUGCCGUUCAAAGAAAAUUUCGGAGAAGAAAGGUUUAGCUCCUCAUCUUCAAUGGGUGCGUUCCUUUCUUUUCUGAAAUACAGAAGUCUUGUACUACAAUUUUUCAGCCUGGAUAUUCACCGUCUUCAAGAAAACUCUCAAAGGUCCUCAGUCGACCAUCGAACUUCGAUGCUUACUUUAAACUACACAAGGUCUCCAAGAAUAUUUUCGUUUUUAGACCCCCUUGGCUACACUGCGAGCAAGACGCCAAUCGAAAAAGCUGAGAACCUGACUUUUCUCAGAGGAAUCGAAUUUAACUUAGAUUCCGUUGAAACCCGGAAAUUCUGCUCUGGUCCUCUGUACGAUUUUUCUUCGCUGGUUUCUUUGGUGGAGUUAAAGCUUUUAUCUCUCAAGAAAACGCUUCCGACAGCGGCACUGGCCUCGCAAUGGAAAGACGAGCAAUCUUUGGAAAAGAAGUUACAGGAUGAAUGUGUGCAACUUCAAGAUUCCAUAAGCAACCGUUUGAGCUAUAAUAACUUUUCCUCCCACCAACUAUCCCUUUUGCAUUCCUGGGUUCAGCUUGUCGAAAUAGUCGUACUUGAUGGAUCACUGGCGCCUGUGUCAAGGAGUAAUUUUAUUCUUGAUCUCUUUGAGGCAAUUGUACCGAAAAUCAAUGAUUACGUGGACUUUGAUAUUUCUUACUCUGAAGAGCUUGUUUCCCUCUGCGUUUUCCUUUUUGACAUCUACCAAAAGGACCGAGAAGCAAUCGACGGAGACUCCGUGGUGGAUAGUAGAUUGCAUAGCUUAUUCAAAGCGUGCUUGCAUGGCAUAACUUCUCCUUUGUCAACUCUAUCGCUGAGGUCCGAUUUUUACAUCAUCUGCAACCGUUUCCUGCUCAGAGUCCUGAAGGAAGAAGACUUGGCCAGGCAUCUCCUUCAGUCACUAAAGAUGAUGAGCGAGCGCAUGGUAGAGGUGAUAUGCAACGACGCGAUUGCAGGUGAAGGUUCCACACGUAUCACUGGUAUCCUCUUUUUAGACGCUCUCGUGCAGAUAGCAAGUCUAAACAAGGUGAACUUCAUUCUAGAAAGUUUAACCAAGAGCAACAUGCUAUUUUUAAUUACACGUUCAGUCAAAAACACCGAUGAACUGCUGAACGCAUAUCCAGAAGGUAUCAACCUUGAUCACUUUCUUUACGAGCUUACGGCCUUUAAGUCAACAGCCCAUUUCAUGAUUCGAAUUGCCGAAACACGCAGAGGUGCUAGAGCUUUAGUUCAAAACGAAAUUUUCCAGACCAUCAUGUCUUGCAAAUUCUUACAAGCAGAUCCUGAUCUCGGUCUCGAACUGAACUUUAAUAGCCUCAUGGUUAGAAGUUCGCCGCUCGUGCGAAUGAAUUUAAAUUUGCAUAAUUCCCUGACGUUCACCAGGGAAGUAAACGAUAUCUCACUUUUCGAAGUGUUGGUUCCUAUCUUUCAGCUACUAACAUCGAUAGUUUUGAGCAUGGGCAGUGCCAAUCAGCCGGUCCUAGACCAAGCAAGAAAACUGUUGAUGCAUUUCAAGAAAUUGGUUCAAGGCGUUAUAAAACAGGAGGCUCUUUUGGAUUCGGGCGAGGGACCUGAGCUACAAAAACAAUCCUCUGAUGGUUUAAGGCAACUGGUCAAGUUGGUUAUUUUGCUGUGUACACUCACAGGAUACCAAGGUGAAGAUGCCUAA